CCGGGUCAUCAGGUACUGGAUUGUCUGGCUCGACAGCGGCACUGGGUCACCAGGCAUCAGGCAGUGGGCACCGGGUCACCAGGCAUUGGGAUCGUCUGGCUCGACAGCGGGCAUCGGGUCACCAGGUAUGACAGCGGGCACUGGGUCACCAGGCAUCAGGUCAUUUGGCUCGCCAGCAGGCACCGCGUCAUCUGGCAAGGCAGUGGGCACCGAGUCACCAGGUACCGGAUCAUCUGGAUCAACAGCGGGCAUCGAGUCAACUGGCCUAAUAGGAUCAUCAGGCUGGAUCAGUUCAUCAUGCUGGGUAGAGGCAUCAGG